UCUUCAAAUUUUUCAGCCUAUAUAAAUGGUCGGCUGCUGGUAGCCAAACUUCAAUAUAUUAUCAAACCUGAAAACUUGCGAGAGAGAGAGAGAAAGAGAGAGAUGGCAGAAUUGUUUAUUAAGCAGGCGGAGAAAUACGUGGAGGGUCGGCCGAAUUACCCUCCAGAAUUGUUUGAAUUCAUUGCUUCCAAGACACCCUCUCAUGACCUUGCGUGGGACGUCGGCACCGGAAACGGUCAGGCUGCUCAAUCCCUAGCUGGGAUCUACAAGAAUGUGAUAGCCACAGAUACAAGCCCAAAACAGCUCUCAUUGGCGACAAUGCUACCCAAUAUAAGAUACCAACAAACCCCUCCCACCAUGUCUAUAGCCGAGGUUGAAAGCAAUGUUGCUCCUGAAUCAAGCGUCGAUGUUGUGACUAUUGCCGCGGCCAUCCACUGGCUCGACCGACCUAAUUUCUACCAACAAGUGAAAUGGGUACUCAAAAAACCCCAUGGGGUCAUAGCUGCAUGGGCCUACUUCCUACCAGAAGUUAAUGACUCCGUCGACGCAGUCGUCCAACGCUUUUAUGACAUUGCUUUGGAACCCUAUUUGGAGCCGCCGGUUAGGUUAGCGAAGGACAAGUAUAGGAGCAUCGAUUUCCCAUUUGAGCCAGUGGAUGGAGUUGAUCACAGUGAGCCGCCCUUGUUUGUAAUUGAAAAAUUGAUGACUUUAGAUCAUUACUUUACUUUCUUCAGAUCGUGGUCAGCGUAUCAAAUAGCGAGGGAGAAGGGUGUGGAGCUUUUGAGCGAUGAUUUUGUUGAGGAUUUUAAGCGUGCUUGGGCUGAAGAUGGACAAGAACAGAAGGUUGCAAAGUUUCCAAUUUUUUUAAGGAUUGGAAGAGUGGGGAAUAUGUAAAAGGAAUCAAAAUGUAAGAAAUUCUCUAGUAUAUUAAAGUGAUCGAUCGGUGAUGACAUAUAUAUACCUAUAUGUCUGUCACACAUAUAUUUAUAGUGGGUUUUAGCAAGAGGGUGUGGAGAGUCCUCAUGGGGAAGUGUUUUAUGUUUGAGAGAUCAGAUCAGAAGCCGCAUCAGAGGUAAGGGUAGAUUUAGAAAAUCUGACCUAAAUGGUCAUGAUAUCUUGGUUUGAUGAUCUCGUAUUGGCUCUGUUUUGUUUUGAUUGUUGUUUGGUUCUGUUGCUUUGUGGAGAGUUUUAGAGGUUGGUUUUUGGCUUCUGUCUUUGUAUUUUGGCAGAUGCUGUACGUUUUGCAGUGGUUGUUUGUUGUGUGCGUGUAGGGUUUUAUUUUGGUUGUUUAGCUGUUUGCUGGUGUGUAAUGGUUUAAUUUCCUUGUGGUUAAAAUUUUCUCAUUCAUAAAAAUAAAUAAAUUAAACACGAUUACAAGUUUUUGGUAA